UGGUAUGGGGGGGGGGGGAUUACAGGGAAUAGAUUAGAGGAAAGGAAACCACUCAGGAAAGUCUCUCAAUAUUUCCCCCAGGUGGGAGGUGACAGCGAUCAUGGUGGGGUUGGGGGGGGAUGUCGUGGGACUGACCUGGAUCCAGGAUUCAGUGGGAAGAGCUUCGCUUUAAUCAGCAUCUGGAAGAAGGCGUAUAUGCCUCCUUUCAAUGCGUUUCCCUCCCCUGCACCCCUUUCCUAAGCUGGGAGCUGAAAGGCACUGGGGCAGAUGGAUCAUCUAGAAAACCAAAGGGUAGGAAAUUUUAGCAAAGACUUCAGUCUUGGGUGCAGUCUAAUUUUACCCGUGAUUAUUUUAGAGAUAGGCUCUCUGACCGACUGCCCGGCCCUCACUCCCCCCACCAACGGGCGCAGCCGACAGUUAAAAUUAAAAGCAUAUCUAUCAUGGUUUUCGGCCAGCGGGGAAACUCCGAGCCAAAUCCUCUUUUGCAAACGGCUGAGGGAGGAACUGACUCCCCGAGAGGCUGCUGCGUGGGGACAGGCACAUGAGAGGUGGCUUCACGUCCAUUGCGUGGUCCUGCUCAUUGUGCAACAGGUCACUUGGGUCCAGGGAAGGAUGCAAAGGGCAGGAGGUACCAACGGAGGGAAGGAAAGAUGUCACGCUUCAGGGAGCUUUUCUAAUGACAGCCGGCGAGUGCUGGUUUUAGAGCUUUUUUCCUCCCCUGACGCUUCUGACUUCUGCAUGCCUUAUUUUUGGGUGUGGGCACAGGAAAUGGCUCUGAGGAGCUGCGGAGCAAGGCCUCCCCCUCUGGCACCGCCUGGGAGCGCCCCAUGGGAUGGGGGGCGGACGGGGCAGUCAGGCAAAGGUUAGGGGAGGAAAGCAAAGGCAGAGGCCCAGAACGGCUCCAGGAAAUGUUUGUAUUUCUCCACCGGGAGGGAGGACAAACAAGCUUUUCUCGUGCCUUCUGGGCGGCCCUGCACGCUCUCCAGCACAGGAGUCUGAAGAGCAGAGUGAGGCUGCAGAGAAAAAUCACCACGGGGCCGGGGCCGGGCCCGGCGCCGCAGCAUGAAUCCUUCUGGACCUGCCCACCGCUUCCCAGAAGUGACCGCCUGCGCCUCAAAGCCUCGCGGUGCCACCCGCUUCUCCCGGCCUGGGACAGCCGGAGACGAACGGACCUCCCCGAGCCUCUCCUUUCCCGGCUGAAGUUCCUGGCCUCCUGGCGGCGGCCGCAUCCACCCGCACCUGCAGUCCGCGUCCGCCCGCAUCCCGGGGUGAAGAAGGCAGAAAACCAGCAGCCCGGUGAGUGGUAGCGUUCCGAUCGGCACCUGUCUUUGUGGGGACUCCCGGGGCCGCCCAGCACGCAGAACCCCCGUCCUCCGUCCACCAUGGACAACGGGUCGUGCUGCCUCAUCGAGGGGGACCCCAUCUCUCAGGUGAUGCCCCCGCUGCUGAUCGUGGCCUUCGUGCUCGGCGCCCUGGGCAACGGCGUCGCCCUGUGCGGUUUCUGCUUCUGCAUGAAGACCUGGAAGCCGAGCACCAUUUACCUUUUCAACCUGGCCGUGGCCGACUUCCUUCUCAUGAUCUGCCUGCCCUUCCGGACCGACUACUACUGGAGACAGAGGCAGUGGGCCUUUGAGGACAUUCCCUGUCGGGUGGCCCUCUUCAUGCUGGCCAUGAACAGGGCCGGGAGCAUCGUCUUCCUCACGGUGGUGGCGGUGGACAGGUACUUCAAGGUGGUCCAUCCCCACCACCUGGUGAACGCCAUCUCCAACCGGGCUGCCGCCGGCAUCGUGUCUGCCCUUUGGACCGUGGUCAUCCUGGGGACCCUCUACCUUUUGAUGGAGAACCAUCUGUGUGUGCAAGAAGACACCAUAUCUUGCGAGAGCUUCAUCAUGGAGUCGGCCAAUGGCUGGCACGACAUCAUGUUCCAGCUAGAGUUCUUCCUGCCCCUCGGUGUCAUCCUGUUUUGCUCCUGCAAGAUUAUUUGGAGCCUGAAGCAGAGGCAGCAGCUGGCCAGGCAGACUCGGAUGAAGAAGGCCAUCCGGUUCAUCAUGGUGGUGGCGGUUGUGUUCGUCACGUGCUAUCUGCCCAGCGUGUCGGCCAGGCUGUAUUUCCUCUGGACGGUGCCCUCGAGUGCCUGUGACCCCUCCGUCCACGUAGCCCUGCACGUGACCCUCAGCUUCACUUACAUGAACAGCAUGCUGGACCCGCUGGUGUAUUAUUUUUCGAGUCCCUCGUUCCCCAAAUUCUACACCAAGCUCAAAAUGCGCAGUUUGAGACCCAAGAAUCCGGGACGCUCCAAGACCCAGAGGUCAGAAGAGAUGCCAGUUUCCAACCUGUGUCGCAAGAGUUGUGCCAGUGUGGCAAACAGCUUCCAGAGCCAAUCCGACGUGCAGUGGGAUCUCCAAAUGUGUUGAAUGGCAGUGAAACAGACGGACAGACAACGCCGAGGAGGACAGACAGACUGGCGACUUAGGAUGGUUCAUGCUAAGGGGUUGAGAGUCUAUUGAAAAGGCCACCCUUUCUUAACUGGAUCCUCACUCUGUUGGAAAUGAAAUUCAGGUUACUAUGCCUUUUUGGAAGGUUGUGGUUGACAAGUGAGUCACUUGCCUUUCUACGCCCCGAUUGCAAUGACGGGACCAUAUGUGCGUGGAGAAGGGCAUGUGUGUGUUAAAAAGGAGGGACGUUAAUUAAGAAGAGUUCGGCUCCUGUGUAGUUUUAAUCGGCUGGGUGAACAGGCUCCGAUGUUUGAAGGAGUCACGUUCCCUGUCUGGGGGAGGUCGCGAACUUCAUGACUUGGCAGUAUUUGCUAUCCUCUCUUAAGUCAUAGUUUUAGAAACUAGAAACCUGAGUGAGUCAAUACCUUUAUUUCGGGCUGAGUGACAUCUUUAUGGGGACGUCCGGAUCCUGACGAUUUUCAUCUCCACAGGGUGCCUGGGUGUGUUUCUGAUUUCUCAGUAGCCCAAGAAGAAGGACAGCAAAACAGUCUGCUCUGACCUUCUUGAAGCUCCACAUUUUCCCGCAAGUCGUUGCAUUUCAAAGAAGAUGCUGAGGGAUAGGUUUGCCUCCCCUGAUCUUUCCAGCGGGAGCUGAGUGCGUGAAAAAACUCGGUUGGCCUUUGGGAUGGGCUGCGUGCAGUGUGAUCGCUUUUGACUGCUUGUUAUGUGACUUUUAUUUAUUCAUCUAAGAGAGAGAGAGAGAGAACGGGAGAGCACAAGCCGGGGAAGGGCAGAGAGAGAGAGGGAGAGAGAGAGAGAAUCCCAAGCAGACUCCACAAUGACAGCAAAAAGCCCCACAUGGAGUUCGAAUUCAUUAACACGAACCGAGAGAUCAUGACCUGAGUGGAAACCAAGAGUCAGACGCUUAACCAACGGAGUCACCCAGGAGCCCCCAUUCACAACUUUUCCUGAUGGAAUAUUCUUGAAUAGCCUCUCAGAGUCUUUUCUUU